AUAGACGAAUGUAAAUAGCCAUUCCUUCUAGGUCCGAUGCAGGCCUCAGAGGUGCGACUCGGAAGGGCCUUACUGGCCAAUAAGUCCAAGUAUGUGUAUCAUCAUUAAUACCACACUAACCAGGCUGCAAGCUAAAGUUCGCCAGGUCAUGAUGUCAGAGUACCAAGUAACGAAAGGUGGUCGAUUGACCAUCAGGUCAGCCUCAGCACUCUUGGUUUGUGAGACAAGUCGGAGGCUGACUUGGGCUGAAACGGGUUCAUGUUCUGCAUUAAAUUUUGAACGCUUGUAUACAGCAACCACUCUCAUCGCGUUUAUGGCGUCCAAAAUCUUCCAGUGGAACCGGCGUGUCAGCCUUGGGAGCUCCACCAGGACUGGCGAGUCCGUCACAGUUUGUAAAGGCACACAGGACAAGUUCACGAAACUCGAUAGUCUCAUCAAUCAAGGGGAAGUUUACGAGAGAAGGAUAUUUUACUACUCGUCGAAAUGGCAUGUGUACCAGAACGGGCUCUAUACAGGAUCGCUGACGAUCUUCCCGGCGAAUGAAUCUCACUGUCUUGGCAAUUUGCACAUCUUGAAGAGCCUGAAAUUCUUCAGGGUAAUACUCGGCGUUCUCGGUUUGCCGCGUUAUCCAAUGGGAGCACCCGGAAUGAGUCUCAUCAGAUACGCACCUGUGUUUCCACGCUUUGCCCCGCAAGCAUCCUGGAGCUCUCAUGAUAUUUCGAGUGCACACAAAGCCUCCCUAAGGAGAAGAGAAUAUGUCAAGAUACUCGCGAAGAGUGCAAUCAGGCGCAAAGGGAAAGAGUCACAAGUACGGUCCGACAGCAUCAGUCCGGCGCAUCCAACCCGAAGUCCGAACAGCCAGAAGACACGGGACCUUCGCAAAGCUCUCGUGCAGACACUUGGAGCUAGCGUAAUGAAGAGGGAGUUACUCGUUUCGGCUACAACCAAGCAGACGCACACGCCGAAGGAAGUCCGUCUGGAGCGCCGCAUGCGUUUGGCCCUUGGAGAGAAUCUAUCGAUCAAGAACCUCGCUUUUGUUGCAGCGGCGAGAAAGGCGUCUGCAACUGCUCAGCCUGAUCGUUCCCCAUCCCGUAUUUCAUCUCUACAAUCGAAGACGCGUUAUCAGAACCAGAAGUCGAGCCGUCGCAGUCUAUUUCAUCAAGCAGCGCCCACCACGUUCACACUGGUCGUCAACCCCGGCCCGGGAGACCCUGUUCAUGCCCCGCUGUAAUCUUUUCCAUCUCUGUUGAACGCGGUGACUGCUUCAGAAUCAUGAGUGCCGCUCAAGUCUCGUCUGUGCAUGUACCUUAAUUUGAUGAGAACGCGUACUCCCUGUGCCGCGGGUGAUUUUUACUCAGCGAAAGUACUCAAGUACAGCAAAGUUGUUUGAUUGAUCAGCCAAAUGAUGGGGGUACGUACGGAUUAUUGUCACAUAAAUUUGUAAUCGG